AUGAAGUUGGAUGUUGAUGUUCUUCGUUAUCUCUCGAAAGAUGACUUCAGGGUUCUCACGGCAGUCGAAAUGGGCAUGCGCAAUCAUGAAAUUGUACCAUCGGAGUUAAUAGACAGAAUUGCAUGCCUCAAGCAUGGGGGUACUUAUAAAGUGUUAAAGAAUUUGCUUAAGCACAAGCUCUUGCACCACGACUCUUCCAAAUAUGAUGGCUUUCGGCUCACUUACCUUGGUUAUGAUUUUCUAGCAAUAAAGACAAUGGUUAGUCGUGGAAUUUUUACUGGUGUUGGUCGUCAAAUUGGUGUCGGAAAGGAGUCCGACAUAUUUGAGGUUGUAAAGGAAGAUGGUACUGUUCUUGCAAUGAAGCUUCACAGGCUUGGUAGAGUUUCUUUUAGGGCAGUCAAGUCUAAACGUGAUUAUUUGAGGCAUCGCAGUAGCUAUAAUUGGCUGUACUUGUCGAGGCUUGCUGCUCUUAAGGAAUUUGCCUUUAUGAAGGCCCUGGAAGAACAUGGUUUCCCUGUUCCAAAUGCUGUGGAUUGCAAUCGGCAUUGUGUUAUUAUGUCACUUGUCCAUGGUUAUCCACUUGUGCAGGUUAAGCAAUUGCAAAAUUCAGAUGCGAUUUUUGAAACGAUACUUGGUCUUGUUGUUCGUAUGGCAGAACACGGUCUUAUUCAUUGUGAUUUCAAUGAAUUUAACAUUAUGAUUGAUGAUGAUGAGAAGAUCACAAUGAUUGAUUUCCCACAAAUGGUUUCAGUAUCUCAUCGUAAUGCCAAGAUGUACUUCGACCGUGACGUUGAAUGCAUUUUUAAGUUCUUCAAAAAGAGGUUCAACCUGUCUCUUCAAGAAAAUGAAGAUGAAUCUGAUGAUUCAGAGGUAGAUUCAGAUGAAGAAUGCCGGCCUCAGUUUUCUGAGAUAAAGAAAGUUUCCGGUUUCCUGGACAAGGAGCUUGAAGCAAGUGGUUUUACUGGAAAGGAUCAAGAAGACAUCGAACGGUUCAUUGUAGAGGAUGUUGAAGAGGAUUCAGAUUCUGGUGCUGAAGGAACAGAAGACGAAGAGUACAAUGCUGACAGCACAAAUGAGUCAAACAUUAAGGAUUUUGAUUCCGUGUGCUCGCUGAAGAAGGAAGAAGAUAGUACACCUGAUUGUGAAGAUAGACAGAUUGAGCACGAAGCUGUGGAAGAAAAUAGCCACAUUAAGUGUGAGGAUAAUCCUGAAGACGAAUCUUCACAAGCUGGUUGUGAUCUUGAUUCUGAAGCCGACGAGCAAAUUGAGGACCCAGAACUUGCAAAGCGUUUGACUAAACAGAGACAGCGAGCCAUUCAAGCAGCCCGUGGGAGAAAGAAGAGUUCUACGUCGAGAACUAAGUACUCAGAUAAAGGUGGAAGGUCCUCGUACAAAUCAAAGGUCCAAAAGCAGAUGAGCAGCUGGUAA